GUUUGUGUAGCAGGUUACGCUGCGCUCUCCGCGAAAUGACGUUUGUUGCUAAAUAUUGGUCGCACCGGAGCAAGCAGUAAACCGCCUUGGUAUCCACUGCCGUAGUCUCUCCCUACGUCGAAGAUCAGAAUAUGAACGAUUAUUACCGCAUCAGAUAUGACAUUAAGUGGCAUCAGUAAUCAGAAGUUACAAUGAUUGGUACAACCAAUUGGACUUUAGAAGAUGCGUGUCGGCAGGCUCAGGAGAUGAUUAAUAUAGUAUCAAGAUGUCGGAAGUAUACCCAAGGUCAAAAUUCAUUGGCCUUAACAUCGGAUAAAUCAUUAUCCUCUCAGAAAAAAGAGCAGAGUUACUCCAGGCAUAGUAUCCAAUCUAAACUUACCAGACUGUAUUUUGAAGAACUUUCUAAAGUUCCUCAUGCAACCCCAGAUUCAGUUUUGAACAAUCUUGAAAAUGAGUGUGAUCUUUUGGGGCGGUUAGUGCAAAGGGAAGGUUUAAAUACAUUAAUUGUUAAUCUUUAUGCUGGUAAUAAAGGAUACUCAUUAGCUGUAAGAAAUAGUGAUAAGGGGAAUCAGUACGAUAAAAAUUCAUUAGCUGAGACUCAACUCAUGGGUUACGAACAGGGUGAGCUACUUUCGUGCAUAGAUAAUGGCCAAUUGCCAGCUAUGCUAGCCGAACAACUGGAAUCUAGUUAUUCACAUUUAUUUUAUGACGGCUGCAUAAUUGCUGAAGUUCGAGAUUAUCGAAGAUCAUUUCCUCACAAUAGAGCUGACGUUCAUCAUGUACUUCUUAAACCUACUACACAGAGCGUACUUUCGGACGUAUCGACACUUACAAGUGACGGAGAUUGGAGCCAUGAAGAGCGGUUAAUGUUGGAAUCACAUCUAGUGGCAGCUACUCAAGGUCCUCUAUGUCUAGAUCCGAAUCCUGUCCCCACUUUAGCUAGUACAAGAAUUAAGCAGUCUAAAUCAUUGCUUACUGAUCAUCAACUCAUGCGACAAGCUAAAAAAUUCUCUCAGGUCACAGUAAAUCGAAAAAGAAAACUAGAACAGUUGGCUCAACCAGAAGGACAAACAAUACAUGAUGUAAUAUUGAAAUUCCGUACGAAAAGAAGAGGAUUAGCAACCAAUACUGCCUGUCCACCGCCUUCUCUUACAAACCCUCCUCUGCUUCCACCGUCUUCAACAAUCGAUGUUUUAAGAUUCGCGAAAAUAUACGAACGGCCACGAGAAUCAAAAGACUGUUCGCCGCAAGUCGUAGAAGAAUAUAUAUUAGAACCUGCGGAAAGUCAGGAUUAUAUAAAGCUCUCGAUCCUGCAAAGACCCGCUACUUCCGAGUACCUGGGAGAACUUUAUAUGGACAAGAAUCAUCAAGAUGGAGAGAGGAAUGGUUCUUCUUGCCGAUUUCCAUUGGGUACCAGAGCUGUGGUUAAUCAUUACUAUCAGCAAUUUAAAGAAAUAUUUACUGAAGAAGGUAGGAAAAAUGUGAGAAUAAAACAUAUUGUACCAGGGCAGGCUCCUCGUAUUGCAUGUACACCAGGCAUGCAACGAGCCCAUCAACAGGCGCAACAGGCAAAAGCAGCGCAAUUAGCUCAACAGUUACAGCAAGCUCAGUCUCAACACUCUCAACAUGUAGCACAACAGCAAAUCCGCGCGUCAUUUCAGAUUCUAUCACGGGCUCAAGGACAGCUAACUAAUUUAGCCAGUCAAGUAGCUUCAAUGAAGGCUAUGACAGAAGCCACUACCUCUGCACAAAAUAAUCUUGCAUGCGUGGACUCGGCAAAUAUGCCGCAAGUUAUCCCACAAAAUGACGUUACCACAUUGAGCUCAGCGCAAUCUUUGGCCAAUGGUGGCCCUAACGCGUCGACCUCGGUGCAAAUUGAUAAUCCUGCAAUGGCAGUAGCAGAUAACACCUGUAAUGGUUCUGGUAUUCUGGUCUUUCAGAAGUCGGCUGGUACUAUUAAUAACGCGGCACCCACCAAUGUUCCAGUUUUGCAAGCGCAAUUACAAGCAGGAACACAGAACUGCAUAGGUGAGACUGUCAAUCAGAGCCAAAGUGAGCCACCGUUCAAAAAACAUUCGAAUAAUCCAGCAAUAAACGCUCUUGUUACUUCCCUCAUGAACUCCGCACAGCAAUUCCAACAACAAGCUGCAGCCAAUGCUGCAGCUGCAGCUAUGAAUAACAAUACACAAGCUACAAACAAAUCCAACAACGCUGCGAUCCUUAGUUUAUUAAACAGUACCCCUGCAAAUAUAGCUCAACGUAAGGUUCAAUCCCAACGGAUCUCUCUUAAUGCUUCCAUACCACCUAGAGUUAUCAGUCAUGGCAAUGUAAUCAACGUGCCCAACACCACUGGUCAAGUACGGGUGAGUCUAAGCUCCUCUGCUUUAACGGGACAACUGAGUUGCAAGCAACAACCAGUGAAAGCAACUGCUGUAAGACUUGCGCGAGUCCAGGAUCCUACAUCUACUCUUGGAUUAUCUAUGCCGGGACUUUCGGCUUUGCUUGCUGGCACACCGUCAGCUGACAAUCCGAUACCUGGAAUGAAUUCAACUUCAUCGCUGCUCGAACGGCUCACUGCUUCUUCCAAUCAGAGUAGCCAACCAGCGAGUCCAAUGACCAACCCGACUCCAGCUAACGUCAAUCUACAAGGCGUGAACCUCACUAGUCUGCCGAAUUCUAUCAACGGUCUACAAAACGUUCAGGUUUCGUUUCCAGGCUUAUCACAACCUAUUACGAUGUCAUUGAACGUGUCUCCAACUACUGGUGGAACCGUCACACCUACUGGGGUCAUUGUUUCUCUUCCUAUAUCGUCUGCCACAAAUACCUGUACGACUGUAUCAAGCAUGGUAGCUACAACUGUUGUUACAACAGCUAUCGCUGGGAGUACGCCAACGGUAGUGAUCGCCAAUCCUGCCAAUGUCAAUGCGCAUUUAUCUUUACCAAUCGCCCAAUUAAUACCAUCUGGAGUAAAAGGAUUGUCGCAGCAAAAUAGGAGUAAUAACGCAGUGGCUCUUGCACAGGGAGGACAAGCAAUCCAACUUAUUGGAUCUCAAAGACAGCGAUUUAAUCAUAUGACUCGUCAAGUACAAUCAAAUCAAGUUAAAUCGGCUGUCUUAUCGAAUCAGUUGGUAACAGUUGCCAAAACAGUAACGGCGAGUCAGUUAAUAUUGUCUGGUAAUAAACAAGUAUUAACUCCUAUAAUGGCCGCGACGAAACCUGUGCUUAUGGCGUCGCAGACGACACCUUCUUCCCAAGUAGUACCUGUUAAUAAACAAACUCUAUUGACAAAAUCCUUGCAUGCUAGGGCUUCUACUGGUCAAUGCAGCCAACAGACGCAAAGUCUCGGUGUGACUACUUUAUCGCAACAACAACUUCAGCAGUUACUGGCUGCACAGCAUAAAGUUACCGUCGCGGCAGGAAGUUCUCAAAAUAGGACGCAAAUUGAAGCUCAGAGAAAUUCUACGUCUGCCCCGGGGGAAGACCCCGCCUGAAGAUGUUCAAAUAAAUGAUAACGAUCAUGUUACGUCGAAAUAAUUGAAGCCCGCCCCUGGAAGAAAUGUAAAGAGGCAUUUGUAUAUUAUAUC